AUGGAGGCUUUAUUGGCCAGGCAUAUCUCCAAGGACGCCAGUCUCGUUGCGGAUUUGGACGGGAGGAGAGCGGAUUACGCGUUUCUAAGCCUGUACGAGGACGCAAGGAACCAAGAGGCCCAGCAUCUUCGCAGUAGUCUUCAGGCAGAUGGAGUCUCCGAGUCUGACUCUAUUCAGUCCAGCGUCUCAAUGCAAAAUCUAACACCUCUUGUUGUCAAGUAUGGCAAGACAGUUCUCCCUCGGCCUCUGGGCCCUGUGAACACUUUUAGCACGCUAGCUCUCACACCGACCACUGUUGAGAACCUUGAGAACCUCAGCAGCAUGUUGCAACAGUCGGGCCCUGUAUUGCUACAUGGCCUCUCAGGGGCGGGUAAAACGUCCCUAGUGCACGAGAUCUCGAGAGAAUUGGGCAAGCAAAAGGAGAUGGUAACGCUCCACCUCAACGAACAGACAGACGCAAAGAUGCUUCUCGGUUUGUACACGACAGACUCAAAGCCCGGAUCCUUCCAGUGGCGUCCGGGUGUCCUAACGACUGCAGUAAGGGAGGGGAGAUGGGUGCUUAUCGAAGACCUUGACCGCGCUCCAACCGAGGUUAUGAGCACAUUACUGCCACUCAUCGAACGGGAUGAGCUUCUAAUUCCCGGCCGCGGGGAAAGGAUUCAGGCAGCAUCAGGGUUUCGAAUGUUCGCUACCGUCCGGACUCAGCUGGGCAUGAACGACAGGGAAAAUCUACCAAACUUGAUCGGUCUGCGUCUGUGGCAUCUGCUACAUGUCAAGACCCUGCCCCGGGACGACUUGAAAGAGGUCAUCACCGGCAGGUACCCCCUGCUGCACAAAUACACGCCCGGUGUGCUGGCCGUGUUCGACCAACUCCUUGCCUGCACCAGCGGGUCGACUCGUCUGUCCCUCGGUCGGACCGCCCUGGACCGCCCUAUCAGCACAAGAGACCUUUUGAAAUGGUGCAGCAGACUCGACGACAUCCUACGAGCGGCUGGCUGCAAGACUGGCGACGAGCCCAUAACGGAUACGACGAGAGAUCGCAUGUUCCUCGAGGCCGUGGACUGUUUCGUUAGCAGCAUGCAUGAGCCGUCAGCCCGCAAGAUUCUGGUGGCGGCGAUUGCCAAGGAGAUGCAUCUCUCAUCUGAGCGAGUACAACACUAUUUAACAGGCUACAUCCCGGAUAUGGAGGACGGCGAGUCCAGGCUGACCAUUGGGCGUGCCUCAUUCGUCAAGCCGCGACGGACAAGCAGGGUCACCAAGUCGAAAAGGCCGUUCGCUACCACAGUCCAUGCCAAGAGGCUGCUUGAGCAGAUUUCCGUCGCCGUCAAGCACCGCGAACCUCUGCUGCUGGUUGGUGAAACGGGUAUCGGCAAGACAACAGUGAUUCAGCAACUGGCAGAAUCCCUCGGACGCCAGCUGGUCGCUGUGAAUCUGUCACAACAGAGUGAGGCCGGCGACCUUCUGGGCGGGUUCAAGCCUGUCAGCUCGCAGAGCCUUGCAAUGCCCCUGAAGGAGGAGUUUGAGGACCUUCUUGAGAGGACUGGUGUUUCCGCCGAGAAGAAUAGGGAAUACCUAGAACGCAUCUCCAAGCGGUUUGUCAAGGGUCGAUGGAAAGAGGUCUCGAAGGAAUGGCGGAAGGCUCCCAAGAUGUUUGAGGCUAUCCUGGCCCAGCUGGAAACCAGCCAAACUCGUACCGAGGCUGCGGAUGGGCAGCCCGCGAAACGCAGGCGGACCGAGUCCACUAAGUUGCAACGGUUGCACGAUCUUAAGCCGCGUUGGGCGUUAUUUUCCCAAAGCCUUGAUCAGUUUGACAGACAGAUUGCAAGCGGCUCUGCUGGGUUCGCCUUCGCCUUUGUCGAGGGCAAAAUCGUCAAGGCUGCGAGGAACGGCGACUGGGUUCUCCUCGACGAGAUCAACCUAGCCUCUCCAGACACGCUUGAAAGCAUCGCAGGGCUGUUCCAGACCACACCCUCCCUUCUUCUUUCCGAGACGGGAGAGAUUGAGAGGAUACAAGCACACCCUAACUUCCGGGUCUUCGGAGCCAUGAACCCAGCCACCGAUGUCGGCAAGCGUGAUCUUCCGCUCGGUUUGAGGUCACGAUUCACAGAGAUCUACGUCGGGAGUCCGGACCGGGACAAGAAGGACCUGCUUACCAUCAUCAAGACCUACCUCAAGGGGAAUAAUAAUAAUAUCGACCGAGUGGCUGAUGAUGUUGCCGAUCUCUACCUCGAAAUCAAGAAGCGAGCAGAACUCAAGCUGUUGGUGGACCGGGCGAACGAGGUGCCGCAUUUCAGUCUGCGCACUUUGACCCGUGUCUUGACGUAUGCCAACGACGUCUCUCCUUUCUACGGCCUAGAACGGGCGCUUUACGAGGGUUUCUGCAUGUGCUUCACAACAUUGCUCAGCGAGGAAUCGGAGCGGACAGUCAUGCCGUUGAUCCACCAACAUCUCCUGAAGCGGUCAAACAUCCUCACCAUACCGCCCAAAAAGCCCACGGACGGAAAGGAUUACGUUUCCUUCAAGAACACGAAUAAGGACCACCAGUACUGGCUGCUCCGAGGAAACGAGAUGCUGAUAGAGAGGGAGGACUACAUCAUUACGCCGUAUGUUGAGCGGAACCUGCUAAAUCUGGUCCGCGCCACAUCCACCCGCAGAUACCCCAUCCUGAUUCAGGGGCCCACGUCAGCAGGCAAGACGAGCAUGAUCGAGUACCUGGCCAACUACACUGGGAACAAGUUCGUACGGAUCAACAACCACGAGCACACAGAUCUUCAAGAAUAUCUAGGAACAUAUGUGUCCGACUCGGAAGGGAAGCUCAAGUUUCAGGAGGGUGUGCUGGUUCAAGCCAUGAGGGAAGGAUCCUGGAUCGUGCUGGACGAGCUGAAUUUGGCCCCUACCGACGUUUUAGAAGCCCUCAACCGCCUUUUGGACGACAACAGAGAGCUCCUGAUUCCCGAGACGCAAGAAAUUGUGCGACCUGCAGAGAACUUCUGUCUCUUUGCUACUCAAAACCCUCCGGGCUUGUAUGGAGGCAGAAAAGUUCUCUCUCGGGCGUUCCGAAACCGAUUCCUUGAGCUUCACUUCGACGACAUCCCUGAGAGCGAGCUUGAGACUAUCUUGCAAAAGCGCAGCCGCAACACGGCACCGUCUGACUGCCGCCGCAUCGUGUCCGUCUACAAGCAACUUACCCGUCUUCGGCAAGAGAGCCGGGUCUUCGAGCAAAAGAACAGUUUUGCGACGCUCAGAGACCUUUUCCGCUGGGCACUGCGGGAAGCAGAAACGCGGCAAGAGAUCGCGGAGCAUGGUUUCAUGUUGCUCGCAGAACGUGUUCGCAAGGACGAGGAACGUGACGAAGUCAAGAAGGUUAUCGAGGAGGUCUUCAAGGUCACUAUUGACCCUGCUCGCCUUUAUGACUUGGACACAGCCCCCGAGCUCAGCAAUGUCCGCGCGCGAAAUAGCCAAGGCGUCAUCUGGACCCGGGCAAUGCGGCGGCUGUAUGUGUUGGUGAAGCGCGCCGUCAAGAACAACGAGCCCUUGUUGUUGGUGGGCGAGACGGGUUGUGGCAAGACCACGGUUUGUCAGUUGCUUGCUGAGUUCGAGAAGCAGGAAUUGCACAUCGUCAACGCUCACCAGAACACUGAGACAGGAGAUCUCAUCGGUUCUCAGAGGCCAGUGAGAAACCGUGGGGCCAUUCUAGACUCGCUCUUCCGAGAUCUCAAGGAGGCAGCAAGCAUCCUAGGAAGGGAGGAUGGGGGCCCACUGGAUGAUUUGCAGGAGUGGUAUCAGUCUCUUUCUCCUGCAGAGCGCUCAAACGGGAUACCCGAAUCCUUGGGAUCCAAAAUCCAUGCGGGCACGACGCGGAGCAAGGCGCUCUUCGAGUGGAGUGAUGGCAGCCUCGUUCACGCCAUGAAGGAGGGAACCUACUUUCUCCUCGACGAAAUCUCGCUUGCGGAUGACUCGGUCCUGGAGCGCCUCAACUCGGUGCUCGAACCCCAUCGUAGCCUCCUCCUUGCCGAAAAGGGCAUCACCGACUCCUUCGUCCAAGCCACCGAUGGUUUCCAGUUCUUCGCCACUAUGAACCCCGGUGGUGACUUCGGCAAGAAGGAGCUCUCUCCAGCGCUACGGAACCGCUUCACUGAGGUUUGGGUGCCGGCAUUUUCGGAAGUUGACGAUGUCCACGACAUUGUACUCUCCAAACUCGAUAACAGAUUCAAGCCGCGUGGCGGGAACAGAAAAGGACCCAAGCCUAUCUCCCGCAUCAUCGUCGAGUUCGCUUCGUGGUUCGGCAAGACCUUCCGCCCCUCAUCAGCUACAGCCUUUUCAGUCCGAGACAUCCUGGCCUGGGUUGAGUUCAUGAACACUUCCCAGUUCUCUUCCCCCGCGCUCGCCCUCCUCCAUGGCGCAGCAAUGGUCUUUAUCGACACCAUCGGCGCCAACCCCUCCGCCCUUGUGGCCGUAGACCCGAAAGAGAUGGCUUCCCAACGGCAGAUGUGCCUCGACCAGCUCAGCGUCCUCUGCGGUACUGACCUGGUCCAGCCCUAUUUCCAGGAGCCGCAGGUCACGAUUGAUGAGAAGUUGCUCAUAAUUGGCGACUUUGCGGUCGACAGGUCCAUGGCGGGCGGCACCAUCGACGCCGGACACGAGUUCAGCGUGCCUACCACCAAAAUGAAUGCCAUGCGUGUCAUCAGGGCGCUACAGGGAACCAAGCCCAUUUUGCUGGAGGGUAACCCUGGAGUAGGCAAGACAACACUAGUUACAGCACUCGCGAGGGCUUGCGGACGGCCGUUGACGAGGAUUAACUUGUCUGACCAGACGGACUUGAUGGAUCUGUUUGGUACAGACGUGCCGGUUGAGGGAGCAGAGGCAGGCAACUUCGUGUGGCAGAAUGCGCCGUUUUUGGAAGCGAUGCAGAAGGGCGAGUGGGUGUUGCUCGAUGAAAUGAACCUUGCCUCCCAGACGGUCCUCGAAGGCUUGAAUGCUUGUCUUGACCACCGUGGAGAGGUCUACAUUGCAGAACUAGACCAGGUGUUCAAACGUCAUCCGGAUUUCAAGCUCUUCGCCGCUCAAAACCCUCACCACCAGGGCGGCGGCCGGAAGGGGUUGCCUAGUUCUUUCGUCAACCGCUUUAUUGUUGUUUACUCCGACAUCUUCACGAAGCAGGACCUGCUUCACAUCACUGCCAAGAAGUUCAGCACAAUCGGGAGCGAAACCCAGCAACGGCUCAUCGAGUUCAUGUCUAGGCUUGAUGAUGAAGUCGUCAGCAGAAGAUCAUUUGGUGCUCUGGGCUCACCUUGGGAGUUCAAUCUCAGAGAUACCCUGCGUUGGGGCAACUUGUUGACAUCGCAAAACACGCUCCUAGCCGGCCGAAAGCCUGACGAUUACCUGGAUGUGAUCAUUCGGCAACGCUUUAGGACUGAGCGAGAUCGAGAGCAGGUGAACAAGCUUUUUGCCGAAAUAUUUGAACGAGCGCCCAAGAACCACGGCCUGUAUCACGACAUCAACCCCUAUUUUGGCCAGGUUGGGCUUGCAAGUUUGAAGAGAAACGCGCUUUCGCAGCCGACCCCUUUCCCUGACAUUGACGCCGUACCGAGACUUAAGGAGAUCGAGUCAGUCAUGAUCUCGAUUGAGCAAGACCUACCUUGUAUUCUCGUUGGCCCCUCCGGCAGCGGCAAGUCGACUCUCCUGGCACAUGUCGCUGCACUUGCGGGCAAGUCACUCGUUGUGUUCCCACUCAACGCCGAUGUUGACGCCAUGGACCUCAUUGGAGGCUUUGAGCAAGCAGACCCUCACCGGGAAGUUCAAGCUUGUCUUGUCAAAGUCCGGCAGGCACUCCAAGAGCAAAUCUUGCUGGCUCUUCCGAACCCGGUUCCCAAUGCCGUCGUUGAUCUCAUGGCUGCUCUCAACUCCUUGACCGGAGAGGCGGAUGAACAUGAGGGCAUCCUCCUACUUAUCGAGGCAUUGCAAGCAGAUGUCUCCGUCCCAGAGCCUCUCGCCACGCUCCUCUCUGAAGCGUCUGAAGCACUACACAAACCACUGACGCUAGAGAACCCCCGGUUCGAAUGGCUGGAUGGUGUCAUCGUGCGCGCCGUCGAAACUGGCGCCUGGCUCGUCCUAGAUAAUGCUAACCUAUGCAGUGCAUCUGUCCUAGACAGACUCAACUCGCUUCUUGAGCGUCCGAAUGGCAUCCUGAGCAUCAACGAGCACAGCGGCCCAGGAGGGGAGCCAAGAAUCAUCACGCCGCACCCCGAUUUCAGAAUCUUCUUGACAGUUGAUCCUCGGUAUGGCGAGCUCUCACGGGCGAUGAGGAACCGUUCGAUCGAAAUCUACCUUGGUGAUUUGCCCGCAGAAACGGCCGUCGUGAAGAAGAUUGCACCGGUGGAUGGAGCCCUGCAGAGGUUCCAUACCGCGACCAAAAUCCUGGACCAACAAACAGAGGAUGGACAGCUUGUCCCCUUGUCCUUCGACGUUCUGUCUCUUGGAGAUACCAACAAGCUUGAUGCGUACCUUCAAGCCACUCGCGAAGCACUGACCAAUUCCUCACCAUCACUACUAGUGCGCUCGCCAGCAGCCAUCCAGCACUUGGGUCAAAUGCUGUCUUACAUUCAAUCAGAAGAUGCCGGUCCCCUGAGACAAUCACUUGCGAACAUCUACACCGCGUCUUCGGACAAGAUGCUGAUGCCUCUACAUCCAUUGGUCAACUCGCCCAUGGUUCCUCUCCUGAAGCAAGGCCACGAAGGCCUGGCGUUUUGGCUCGCCAGCUGCUACGAGCUUUAUCUUGCUAUCCAAACCUCGGAAAAAGCGAUGGAGGCGCAACUUGGAAAGGUCAAUGUCAGCAAACCGUCCUCGAUGAACCGUCUCCAGCGAUCAUGGGUUGCAGACAAGGUCGCCUCGCUCUCUCGGGAUUCAACAGUUAAUGCCGUCCGGUUUCUUUCGUCAGUACUUCGCACGGCCAAGGCAUUCCUGUGUGAGAAGGCAGACGAGCCUGGUAACUGGAAGAAGCGGCGUUCGGUUUUCAGACGGCUGAUGCUGUUCUGGAAGCGAACUUUCGAGUCAUUGAUCGUGUCCUCGUUUGAGGAAGCGCGUUUCCAGGCUCAUUUGACUCAGGGGUCGAACCUCCUGCAGCAUAGCCUAUCCACUCUGCAAGACACCAGCGAUCAGAAGCUCCUUUCUAUGCUCUCUGGGUUCCUUGAGCGCGACUUUGUUGUAGGAUUCAAGCUGUCGAGUGGCCUUGGCAUGGAGGUCCUCUGGCACCGGCUGCGGCCAGACCCGAUCCCGGAUAUCCAAACAUUAGAGCAAGCCAUGGAACUAGAACGCCUGGCCGAUAGGUUUGACUCCCUCCGUUGGCGCGUCGACGUCAACAUCUCCACUCUGCGGGCUAUUCAAGAUUCGAUGGCGCGUGUAUACGCCCUUAUCCGCACCGGCAAGGGAGACGCUGCCGGCCUCGUCAAAGACCUCCAGUCCGAAAUCACCACCCUCGAGUCCAAAAUCGGAGAACACUCCACUACCCACAAACCAUUCUUCGCGUCCAGUUUCGAAGGUCUUAGGCAAGCACUCGUCCUGCAUCAAGUCUCCCAGGACGUCACCAUCCAACCCGGCUCGACGGACGUGGAUGUUCUCGCAAGCAUUCCCACCCCAAGUUUGAUGCGUCUGCAGUGCCUGAAAGAGACGGCCUUCCAGGCGGUGGACUACAUUCUUGUCCAAGAGAACAGCGAGACCCAUCCCUGGGGUGGUGCCCUAUCAAGGUCGCUGCUACUUAAGUACGAUGCCGCGUCGUCGGCAAGCUUGGAUGAGCUGCGCUCGCUGGAGGUCGAGAUGCCUAUCAUGGGCAGGGCUCUUGUUGCCGCGUCGGAGGCGCUGGCGACGGAUCCGUUGGUCAAGGUUGAGCGGCUGCUGUUGAAGUUGAUGGAGGAGGUUGUGGCAGCGCAUGAUGAGUCUUGUAGGGGGCGUGUGAUGGCCAUUUACGAGGCCCUUUUGGCGCGGGGUGAUAUCAACACUGCUCUCGGAGGUGAGCUUGGGCCGUGGCUUGAGCGAGCCAAAAUACCCAACACCCUUGGGGGUAACCUGCCUCAGCACCUCAGCGCUGUUUACGAACGGCGCUUCUCCAAGGCCUUGCUGGCCCUGGCGGCCUCGGCCAAGGGGUUCCAGCCGCGCUCUGCGUCAACCUCUGUCGCCUGGAUCCGCUUCGCCCUGGGCUGUGUUGAGCUCUUCGUACCAGACAAAAUCUUCGACCCGCACCACCGCGCACAAGUCGAAGCAGAGGAGCACCAAGAGCUCUACCAAGGCCUGCAAACCCAGGUUGCCGCUCUCGAGUCGUUCGAGCUUGCCUUUACCGGCCAGAAGACCAGCCUGCGCUCUCAACUCCUCGUCGAAGAGGCCGAGGGGCUGGGCGAGCCGCCAUCAGUUCAGCAGAUCUACCGGCCGGGCGGCGGCGAGCUCCGCAGCCUGCAGGGUGAGUUUAACAACGUCCUGAACGCGCUGGUUGGUAAUGAUGUUGCGGUCACCCACCUGCGAUCUCUCGACCCGGCAUCAUCAGGUGAUGCUGCCCAGGAGUUGGCGCUUGUUGAACAGAACGUGACACUGCUGAUCGCUCGAUUGACGUCGAGGUUUGGAGCCUAUCAGGAUCUGACUAUGCCGCUCGUCAGCUUCCUUCGUUGUGUGAAGAUGGGGCUGUCCCUUGGGAAAGGGGUCGGCUCCAGCAAGGAGCUUGUUGAUGGUGAACCGGAUACACUUGUUGCAGUCACGCCGUUCCUCAAUGGUACUGUGUGGCAGGCUGAGACUACACAAUUACCGACCCGUACGCUCGAGUUCCUCUCGUUUGUGCAGACUGUUGUGGCGGUGGACGGCCUUGACAAGCUUCCUAUCUCCUUACGUCAAUCCCUGCACGAGUGUCUGGGCUCUUUCCACGAGGAAUGGACGAAGAAGCUCGAAUCGGACCGGAAGAUCGAGGCGGCCAACAACAGUCUGUUUAGAUUCAAGGGCAGUCUGGAAGACCAAGAAGAGUACGACCAAGAAGAAUUCGACCAGCUCUUCCCCGACUAUACCCCCGACGAGGAAGGCGUGCCUAAAGUAAAGAAACCACUCCGCGGCGGCCGCGAUCUUUCUGUCCUAUUGGCUGAGGCACACGAGAAGAUCUUCCUCUUGACACAAGAACCACAGCAGAGCAUCAAGGGGCUGUGCAUGCAGGUUGCUCGCCGGGUCGCCCGCGAGAAACGAGAGAGCACUGUCGCCGAGCCUGCGUUGGACAGCACACUUCUCCCUGCGGCCGUUUUAGCCUUCAAUGAGCAGGUUCAGGCGUUCAGUUCCAACACCGGCGCCACUGACUACAACUUCUACACGGACGCCAAUCUCCCCGAAGUCCGCAAGCUCCUUGGUCUCGUCAACUCAAUCAAGAAACGUUUCUUGGAACUCCAAGCGGUCGAUGAGAUUGGCCACCAUCAGACCCUCGCCGACGUGGUCAUGGCGUGUGACAAAGUCCUGGAGAUGGCGAUCGACGAUCCUCUCGCCGGUAUCAUCACCGCCAUCGAGCGGCUGUAUGCUCAUGUCUAUGAAUGGCAUGAAGGCGGCUGGGCUAGCAAGGUACACAAAGCGACGGUGUUGUACGAGAAGCUUCGGGACACUAUUUGCGACUGGCGUCGUCUCGAGUUGUCGAGCUGGUCGCGAUUGCUCGACACCGAGGUCAAGAAAAGUUACGAGGACGCCAAGUCGUGGUGGUUCAUCGCCUACGGCGCUGUCAUUCUUGAACCGUGCUCUAUCCUCCAGCGAGGCCUGGAUCUCAAGGACCACACUGUCAAACUGCUGAGCAUCCUGGAGUCAUACUUCGCUGGCGCGAGUCUCGGCCAGUAUGGCGCCCGUCUGAAUCUGCUCAGGCAACUCAAGAAUCAAUUGGAUCAACUUGUGUUGGAUGAGCCUGCCCUGGGUUUGGUUUUCGACGCUGUGCAGAACUUCAUCACCUACUACAGCCGAUACGAACGCAAGGUUAAGGAGACAAUCAAUGCCGGAAGGGCGCCUCUUGACAGGAGCAUGAAGGAUGUCCUGUUGCUGUCGAAGUGGCGGGACAAGAACAUCGAAUCGCUCCGGGAUAGCGCACGCAAAUCUCACCAGAAACUCUUCAAGCUUGUGCGCAAGUUCCGCGCGGUCUUGGAACAGCCGGUCAAGGCCAUGAUAGAUCAAGGGCUUCCUGAGGAGGUUCACGACAAUACGGUCUUGGAAUUUGGGGUGAGACCUCUCGAGGUUCAGAUUAUUAACCAGGGCGCCAUUACCCUCUGCCAGCAGGCAGUCCCAGAAAUUGCAAACCACCCACACUGGGCCAGAAUGUCUAAUCUACCUGCUGUUCUCAAGGCCAUGUCCAAACAUGGAUCCCUCCCCACGGCCGGUGUCAAUGCUGCGGAGACAUUGGACAGCUACAUCACCGACCUUUCCUCCUCCAUCGCUGCUUUGAAGAAGGAAACUCCCGACAACCUGACGGACGAGAACAAAAAUAUGGUCAGCCACCUCAAAACCCGCAAGGUCACCCUCUACAGCGAUACCCUCAAGACCCUUCGCGCAAUGGGCUUCAGCCGCAACCUCGGUACCAACAUCCUCGAGAAGCAGAGCUCAACAGCUGUUGUCCUUGUCGGCUCAGGGGUUGUACCUCACAUUAACAGCGCCGCGUUGAGUGCCAUUGAGUACUUCUACCACAAGACGCUUGACUUGGCUCCGAAGUUCCGUCAUGCCACAUACGAACACUCCGAAGACCUGAACCGUGAGGUGGUACAAAGGAGUAUCGGGUAUCUGGAAGGCGUGCUGCAUGUUAUGCUCCGUCAACGGCAGUUCUUGGCUCGGGUGGCUGGGGAAGCGCGUGGUCUUCACGGGGCUGUCGAGGGCGUCAAAGUUCUUUCCGCUGGCGGGGCGUCCUUCGGGCCGCAAGCUCGGUUGGCAAACCACGCCCAGGUUGUUCGCUGGGUCGUACAGAUUCUCAAGGCUGGAGUUCAUCUGGUGGACGUCCACGGCAAACUUGGCGGUGCAGGAAAUGCGGCGGUCCGCGGUAAACUUGAAAGCUGGGUUGAGACAUUCACGAAGUUGGAGGCCGAGAACGAUAGCCUCCCUCGCCUUCCUAGCGGCUUCACCUCGGCCGGUAACGACAAGCUCCAAGAUGAUGUGGAGAAGGAGUUAGAUGCCCUUCGAAUCGGCCUUACAGAGAUCGCCCAAGCAAGGCCGGGCCUAGCCUUUGUCGUGCAACAAAUCCAGCUAUGGACCAACAUCCAGACAACGGAUGUCAUCAAUGGUGUUUCCGGCGACAAUAUCAACAACUUUGCGGUUGCAGCCUUGACACUCUCAAGCAAGAUUCUCGUCGCACUGCAAAACUUCCAGAAGGCCAUCCAGUCUCUGCCGCAGACCACAGAAGACGCCGGCUGGUUCCUCAACUACAGCGACAAUCUCCAAAAGUCCAUCGAUGCCCUCCGCAUAACAAAGAUCAGCUCCGAGGCACAAUCUCUCAUCCAGCAACUCAAGACCCUCCCAAGCGACCAAUUCCCGGCCGCAUCCGCCCUCCUCCGACUCAUCCACCCCGUGCUCGCACAAUACUCCACCAUCUGCACGCACAACCUCGCGCAGUUCUCCACUCUCCACCGCGCAACCUGCCGUCUGGGCCACCAGCUCGCCGCCUCGUUCGUGCAGAUCUCCUCGCAGGGCUUCUGCACGCCGCAGGAAAAGAGCGACGAGAAGUCAGGCGAGUCCGGCAACGUCGAGAGCGGUACCGGGCUCGGCGACGGCGAGGGUGCCGAGGAUAUCAGCAAGGACAUCAAAGCCGAUGAGGAUCUGUCGGAUCUGGCGCAGGACCCGAACAAUAAAGCCCAGGGAGAUAUUGAGGAGAAUAAGGAUGCUGUUGAUAUGGGUGAUGAUGAGUUGGAGGGGGAUAUGGGUAGUGUGGCGGGUGAUGAUGAGGAGGAGGAAAAGAAGGAUGGGGAUAAGGAUGGGGAGGACGAGGAGGAGGAUGAGAUGGAUGAGCAGGCGGGGGAUGUGGAUGAUCUUGACCCGACGGCGGUGGACGAGAAGAUGUGGGAUGGGAGUGGCGAGGAUGAUGCGGAGAAGGAUCAGAUGGGGGAUCAGGAGAAGGGGAAAAAGGAUGAGGACCAGAGUACCGCCGCUGAGGGGAAGAAGGAGCAGCCGAAGGGGGAUGAGCAGGAGGAGGGGAAUGCGCCGCCGGAUGAUGUUGGUGAGGAGCAAGGGGAUGAAGAUGCCGAGGUGGAGGCAGGACAGGAAGAGGAGGGUAUGGCAAAGGAGGAGUUGAAUCAUCAGGAUCAGAAUGUCCAAGAGAACGAGACGCUGGCUUUACCAGAGGAUAUGGACAUUGAGAUUGAUGAUGGAGACGAAGAGAGCGGGGAGGAUGAUGACUUGGAUGGGUUGUCUGAUGCGGAGAAACCCGAAGAGAAACAAGCUGAUGCGGCUGAUGAUAUGUCUCAGAACGAGGAUGAGGAGAAGGGUGAGGAGGAGCACCAGAAAGAUGAGGACAUCCAGGAGGAAGAAGCAGAACAGGAAGCGGAGGUUGAUGCAGUUGGUGAUAGAGAGGAUGAGAUGGAUGUGGAGAUGGAGGAGGAAGAACAGGGAGAUGAGGGCCAGGACGAGGAGAAAGACGAGAAGAAACCCCCAUUACCUGACGAUGGGACUGGGGCGAACCAGGACGAUGUUGCACCUAGCGAUGUCAAGAACGGAGGUGGCCAAGCCGAAGACGCCAACAUGCAAGACGACGAGGUCGAGAACAAAUCCGGUCAAAAGGAGCAAGGCGCCCUUGGCAAGCAGUCGGCCGAAGAGGACAAGGCUCCCCGGCAACAAAAGCCGUUCAAGAAACUUGGUGAUGCGUUGGAUCGAUGGUACCGCAACCAGCGGGAGAUUCAGGCUGCUUCGGAGAACCAAGAAAAGACGGAGCAGUCUGCCGAGGACAUGGCGCGGGCCGAAUUUCAGCAUCUUCAAGACGAAACCGCCGAAGCCGACACCCAAGCUCUCGGGACUGCCACUAACGAAGAGGCUCGCCCAAUGGACGAUGCAAUGGCAGUCGACAACGAGAUGGAUGAGGGCAAUAACCAGAUUAUGUCGGAGGAUGAGCAACAAGAGGAAGGCGGGGAUGUGGAUAUGGAGGAUGUUGAAUCGGCCGAGCCGCAGGAUGCCUCCAAGAACGACCGCGAAGAAGGCCGUUCCGGUGUCGCAACGCGUAAGGGAGCCUACGAGACGGACGAAAAGGACGAAAUCCCUCGGGCUGAGGCUCCCGAAGAUGUCGACGAUGAACAAAUCGACGAGACGUCCACCCAGCUCUUGGCUACGCACAUCGACGGGGAGGAUAAGACGGCCCUCCGUGACUAUAACGAAGCGCUCGACAUGUGGUCGGCUUUCCAAAGCAAGACCCAAGCGCUCUCGCAAUCCCUCUCCUCCCAACUCCGGCUCAUCCUGACUCCGACCCAAUCCACCAAACUUUCCGGUUCGUUCCGCACCGGCAAGCGCCUCAACAUCAAGAAGAUCAUCCCCUACAUCGCCUCCAGCUACAAGCGCGACAAAAUCUGGAUGCGCCGCGCCAUCCCCUCCAAACGCGCCUACCAGAUCGUGCUCUGCGUCGACGAUAGCUCCUCCAUGGCAGACGACAACCGCUCCUCAUCAGGAAACCUGGCUCUCGAAUCCCUCGUCAUGGUCGCGCGCGCGCUCACCGUGCUCGAGGCCGGGCAGAUCGGCGUGCUGGGGUUCGGCACGGACGUGUUCGUGGCGCACGCGCUGACCGACCCGUCCUUCACCUCGCAGGACACGGGCGCGCGCGUACUGCAGAAGUUCACCUUCGGCCAGGCCGGCACCGACAUGGUCGGCCUGCUGCGCAAGACCAUCGACCACUUCGCCGAGGCCCGCGCCAUGCAGGCGUCCUCCGCCGGCGGCGAGGACCUCUGGCAGCUCGCGCUGAUCCUGUCCGACGGCCUGGUCCAGAGCAGGGACCAUGCCCGACUAAAGCCCCUGCUGAGGGAGGCCAUGGAACAGCGCGUCAUGGUGGUGUUUAUUGUGAUGGAUGAUGCGCGCGAGAGUAAGAAGGGACAUAGUGUGCUGGAGCUGAAGGAGGCGAGGUUCGGGCCGGAUGGUGUGCCUGUUAUUCAUCGCUAUCUGGACUCGUUCCCGUUCCCGUACUACUUGAUUGUGCAUCACUUGGAGGAUUUGCCGGGGGCGCUGGCGGCGCUGUUGAGGACUUGGUUUGCGGAAAUCAAUUCGUAA